AUGAAACUUUUCGUAGCUGUUGCUCUCAUCGCCGCCGUGGCUUCGGCCACUUCCAUUAGGCCCGUCAGGCCCACCCUGAUCCCUGGCGAGCUCGCUGAGAUACAGCAAAUCAUUGAAGCUAUCAACAGCCCCAGCACCGACCCCGCCACCGCUGCUGCGCUCCAGGAACUGCUUCUUGAGUAUUACAAUUGGGAAGGUAGCCCCAUUUCUGUCGGCCCCGUUAUCAUUGGAAACCCUGAGCCCGAAGCCAUCUCUGUUGGGCCCGAAAUCGUCGACCCCGUCAUCGUGAACCCGAGUCCCGUGGCUGUCGCUGAGUCUAACAGCGCUCCUCUGGUUCAGAUCAUCUUGAACAUCAACCAGGCUGAAUCUGGAGCCGUCGGCAUUCCCCCUAGCGUUGCCCUUCUCCCCGAAAUCAUUGGUGAACCAGUUCAGAUCGUAGACAGCGCUCCCGAGGCCGUCCAAGUUGUAGAAUCGCCCGUCCAGGUGGUGGAAUCUCCAGCUGUCGUUGCACCCGUGUUAGUGAUCGACUCCGCUCCCGUCGAGCCUAUCAUUGUCGCCACCCCGAUUAUCCCAUCCUUUAACAUCAAAAUGAAAAUCUUCGUGGCUGUUGCUCUCAUCGCCGCCGUGGCUUCGGCCACUUACACAAGGCCCGUAAGGCCCAGCCCGAUCCCUGCUAACAUCUCCGAGAUUCAGCAAAUCAUUGCAGCCAUCAACAGCCCUAGCACCGACCCCGCCACCGCUGCUGCUCUCCAGGAAUUGCUCUAUGAGUAUUACAGUUGGGAAGGUAGCCCCAUAUCUGUCGGUCCCGCUAUCAUUGGAAACCCUGAGCCAAUCGCUAUUGGCCCGGAAAUCGUGAGCCCUAGCCCUGUUCCCGUAUCCAACGUUUCUCCCCUCGUUGAAAUCGUCUUGAACAUUAAUCAAGCUCAGCCUGGAGCCGUCUCGAUCCCCCCUGGCGUUGCUGCGCUCCCCGAAAUCAUCCAGGUUGUGGAGACCCCCCAAGUCAGCCCUGUCCAGAUUGGACAAACACCGACCAUUGCUCACCCCGUAUUAGUGGCUGAGUCCGCCCUGUCGCCCCGUUCGUCCUAA